GUUAAACUGGCUCGUCUGUGAAAUUCCAAUUCAUCUGUUUAAAGGUUUAACGAAUAAUAAUUUCCGGGACUUGAUAUCACAAAGCCGUGGUUUUAAGUCCACUUCUGCCCUACAGUCCCACAUCUUGCCUUGUGACUUUGUGCCCUUCAUGAGCCUCAGUUUCCCCACCUGAAAUUGGAAAGAUCUGGGAACCUCUAGAACAGAAAGGUCAGCACAGAGAGAGGACCAUAGGGCCCCCUUUGGAGGGUACAGGGCAGUUUGGAGGCAGAGGCUAGCCGAGGGGAUCCUCUUCGCAGUAAAGGGCUCCAGCUGCUACCUCCCAGGAGCUCCGCAGACCCCGGUUUGGGCCCCCUUCUCGGCCUUGGGGCCAGGCCCAAUCCCUCCCUCCACCUUGUUAAGUCCCUAAAGGGGGCGGGGUCGUUAAUUCAUGAGCCCGCCUCCAUCCCCGAGCUGCGGCCUAUGAUUGGCAGUCUAACUAGGCCAGGUCGGUUCAUAGCUGUGAUUGGCCGAGGUGCCUGACCGUCGGCAUGCGGCCCUCCCCCGCCCGGAGAGAGAAUUAAAGGGCCGGCUCUCUGAGCGGCCGCGGGAUGCCCCCGUGCUGACCGCCGUGGGCCCGAGGCUGCCCGCGUAGACGCGCCUGGGUCGACCCCGUGCCACCAUGUAAAACGGCGCCGCAGGCGGACGCAGGAUUCUCCGCCCGGGACCCCUCCGCCCUGCCCUGGGCUACGGGGCCCUCGAUGAGGAGCCAGGUUCAGAGGCCUGGGAUGGGGGCUCGCUGGAAUCUGCACCUUUUUAGAUGCCUUCAGAAGCAUAGAGACACGCCAUGCUGACCGGGGUGACCGACGGGAUCUUCUGCUGCCUACUGGGCGCACCCCCCAACGCUGUGGGGCCGCUGGAGAGCGUCGAGUCCAGUGAUGGCUACACCUUUGUGGAGGUCAAGCCUGGCCGUGUGCUGCGGGUGAAGCAUGCCGGGCCUGCUCCAGCCCCCAACCCACCUCCACCACUGCCAGAUGCUGCCCAGGGGGACCGGUCUGGCUUGGUCCGCUGCCAGCGCCGCAUUACCGUGUACCGCAACGGGCGGUUGCUGGUGGAGAACCUGGGCCGGGCACCCCGUGCUGACCUCCUGCACGGGCAGAAUGGCUCCGGGGAGCCGCCGGCCGCCCUAGAGGUGGAGCUGGCGGACCCGGCAGGCAGUGACGGCCGCUCGGGCUCGGGCAGCGCCGGAAGUGGCAGCGGUGGCCGCCGGCGGCGAACCCGGCGCCCCAAGCGCACCAUCCACAUUGACUGUGAGAAGCGCAUCACAAGCUGCAAAGGUGCCCAGGCCGACGUGGUGCUCUUUUUCAUCCACGGUGUGGGCGGCUCCCUGGCCAUCUGGAAGGAGCAGCUGGACUUCUUUGUGCGCCUGGGCUACGAGGUGGUGGCACCCGAUCUGGCCGGUCACGGGGCCAGCUCCGCGCCCCAGGUGGCCGCAGCCUACACCUUCUAUGCGCUGGCAGAGGACAUGCGCGCCAUCUUUAAGCGUUACGCCAAGAAGCGCAACGUGCUCAUUGGACAUUCUUACGGUGUCUCCUUCUGCACGUUCCUGGCACAUGAGUACCCAGACCUGGUGCACAAGGUGAUCAUGAUCAACGGCGGGGGCCCCACGGCAUUGGAACCCAGCUUCUGUUCCAUCUUCAACAUGCCCACGUGCGUCCUGCACUGCCUGUCACCCUGCCUGGCUUGGAGCUUUCUCAAGGCCGGCUUUGCCCGCCAAGGAGCCAAAGAGAAGCAGCUGCUAAAAGAGGGCAACGCGUUCAAUGUGUCGUCCUUCGUUCUGCGAGCCAUGAUGAGCGGCCAGUACUGGCCCGAAGGUGAUGAGGUCUACCAUGCUGAGCUCACUGUGCCCGUCCUGCUCGUCCAUGGCAUGCACGACAAGUUUGUGCCGGUGGAGGAAGACCAGCGCAUGGCUGAGAUCCUGCUGCUGGCCUUCCUGAAGCUCAUUGAUGAAGGCAGCCACAUGGUGAUGCUGGAGUGUCCGGAGACGGUCAACACACUCCUCCAUGAAUUCCUGCUCUGGGAGCCCGAGCCCUCGCCCAAGGCCCUGCCUGAGCCCCUGCCCGCGCCCCCAGAAGAGAAGAAGUAGCCGCUGGGCCGGCCGGGCAUCGGGCAUCGCUUGGUAAGCCGCGGAGCAGCAGGAGGAAGCCAGGAGCAGCCCCACGUCCGCCGCGCGGACCACCUGGGCGGGCUGUUCGCUCCGGUGGGCGGAGUCAGGGUAGGGAGACGCCCCCAGGCCGGCUGGGUGGGGCACGGCAUUCUCCGGAGCCAAGUGGAUACACCGCUCUCCGCUUCCAUCCUGCCGGACCCAUCGGUGUUUGGGGCCGCAGCCAGAACCCCCGUGGAGGAUGACCUUGUACAGAAGUCCCUGCCCCUCAACGCCACGGCCGAGGCAGGCCCCCCCACCCCCUCUCUGUCUUCCGUGUCAGCCGUGCUUGAUCCUGGGACCCUCGGGGCCCCGCCUCAUUGCCCGAGACCCCCCCUACCCCCCAUUUCUUGGCGCUGGGAGCUAUUGUUGCCCAAGGGAGAGGGGAGGGAUGGGGGGGCUGGCGCCACUGAACCUGCACAUCUCAACUUGUAACUCAAUAAAAAGAAGCGACA